CCCCUAGGCGCUGCUUGCGACCUCUCGCUAUACCAUUCACCUAUAUGUAUGCCAAGAAUCUCAGCGAACGGAGCCCUUUGCGACCGUCCAGGACCUGUACUUAGAUCCGCUCUUGCUGCCGCUUUCACUUCCCAAUCGGGGAGACUCGCGCCUGUUCCCACUUCUCACCUCUCGCAUCUCGCCUCUCUAUCUCGGACCUCAGCCUUCCUCACCGUGCAUUCCUCGACAUUCGCAAGUAUCGUACAUGACCGUGAAGGACGGAGAGGCUGUGCUUCAUACAUGCGGCCGGACGCUGAGUCUCGACGAUUGACCACACUGUGUUGUUCACGGUGCUGUUUCUAGUCGAUCUUUCUCACCUCUGUCCAUCAUCUGGAGAUCCGAGUUGUACUCGGAAAU